AGUACUGCCGGUAACAGAGGAGGACCAGUGACAUAUAGUCACUACUCUUAGUUUUUUUUUUCUUUCAGCGUUAUACUACCAGUCGUAACCCGGUCUAAAUAAAACCGUUUUGGUGUUUUUGUUUCUACUUUGCAUGCUCAAUUGUUUACACCUCCUGUGGCGCGCUACUAUCGAAGUAGACUGCCUCUCUGUAAAACUUAACGGGUCAAUAGACCGUCAGGAUGAAGGUUUUAGUGACUGGAGGGACUGGUUUGGUAGGCAUGGCCCUACAGCAUCUGGUGAAAGAGAAGAAUGAGGCAAAGGAGGGUGAAGAAUGGAUAUUUCUGUCCUCCAAAGAUGCUAACCUCAUGAACAUGGAGGAAACACGAGCAGUGUUUAAGAAACAUCAACCAACACAUGUAAUCCACUUGGCUGCCAUGGUUGGAGGGCUUUUUCGUAAUAUGAAGUACAAUCUGGAUUUUUGGAGAAACAAUGUCUACAUAAAUGACAAUGUGCUGGAGGCAGCACAUGAAGCAGGCGCUGUGAAGGUGGUGUCAUGCCUUUCCACCUGCAUCUUUCCAGAUAAGACCACUUAUCCUAUUGAUGAAACAAUGAUCCAUAACGGUCCACCUCAUGAGUCAAACUUCGGUUAUUCCUACGCAAAGCGAAUGAUUGACAUACAUAAUAGGGCCUAUUACCAGAAGCAUGGACGUAUAUUUACUGCUGUGAUUCCCACUAAUGUGUUUGGGCCACAUGACAACUUCAACAUAGAGGACGGUCAUGUUCUGCCUGGCCUAAUCCACAAAGUUUACCUUGCCCAGAAGGAGGGUACGCCGUUUGUGGUUUGGGGCUCUGGUAAACCCCGAAGGCAGUUCAUUUACUCUUAUGACUUGGCUCGUCUAUUUCUUUGGGUUUUGCACGAGUACUCAGAGGUGGAUCCCAUAAUCCUCUCUGUUGGAGAGGAAGAUGAACUGUCCAUCAAAGAAGCAGCAGAUGCAGUUGUCCAGGCAAUGGGCUUUGAAGGAGAAGUCAAGUUUGACACAACCAAAUCAGACGGUCAGUUCAAGAAGACAGCCAGCAACUCGAAGAUGUUCCGCUACCUGCCAGAAUUUAAGUUUACUCCAUUCAAAGACGCUUUGAAGGAGACCUGUGAUUGGUUUGUUGCCAAUUAUGACACUGCCCGGAAAUAGAAGCUGAGGCUCUGCAUCUUGUGAGAAGCCCAAGUUGAAGGCAAAUAGGUUAUGGUGGUAGUUCUUUUUGGGUUUGAUCAAGUGGCUUUGGUCUUUGCACGUAAUAGGUUGUUCUCUUCUUUAUUAAUUCAGUCCAGGAAAAUGGUGUAAGACGCUCCAUAACAUGUGUUGUUUGGCAGUGUCAAAUGAACAUAGUGUAUUCUUUUAUUCGCUCUUCAUAUUUUCAGGUGAAUUUUAGUUUUAUUCAUUUUAUGUUUUACUAUAGUCUACAUAAUGUAAUAAGAUCAAUUUUUUUACAUUCUUCCUACACUCUCUCCAAAGAUGGAUCCAAAUCUUCAGAAAUGUCUCCAAUUGAUAGGCGGUAUUUUUAAUGUUUAUUCUAUUGUUUUAAUGUUUGUUCUUAUGCUCUACAAUUAUUAACUGAAAAUUCAAAUUAUUUUUUAAAAAUGCAAAUGUUCUGCGGUGCAAAAAUUCUAUAAAAAAAGCUCAAGUGAAGUUACAUACAAUGUGAUUCUAAAGGUGAUUUUCAUUUCUUUUAUUUAACGAAAUAUUUGUUUAGUUGGAGCUAUAAUUACCAAGGCAGGUAAGGUUUAUAACAAACAAACAUCUCCUUAUUUGUUUAAAAAAAUUACAAACAUCCAGGUUACAUUAAGAUAUUCUCAGCUUUAUUGUAAACCCAGUUGACACUAUGGUCUGUCAUCAAUAAUGUGACGGUUAGGGAAUAAAUGGUUAUGUUGUGUUAUAUUUUUUACUUUUUCUGACGGUUCUUGGGUGCCUUGAACGCACCAUGCUGUAGCGCACAUGCGCAGAGUGUUCUGUUCCGUGUUUUUUUUUUUAGAGUCGACAGUGCGGGUCAGGUUCUGCUAGUUUUGCUGAUUUCAGGUAAACAAAUAAACCGCUUUCUAAUAAAA